AUGCCAGCGGAUGCACUACUUGCGAUCCUGAAUCAGCUAGAGAUGAGGCACAAUAUUGCCUAUCUUGCAAGGAUGAUGGCACUACUAAUGAACUUAAAAAUUAUCACUGUAAUUUCUAAGUAGGUUGCGCCAAAGCCAGUCAUUGUGCUGAAUGCUCGACAAAAAGCACUAAAUGCGAUUUAUGUCCAGCUGGAUACUUCCUUAAUGACGAUAGUGCCACUCCAACAACAUCUUGUCUUUGUAAGAUUUUAUUUAGCUUGUGCCGACUCCUGCACAAAUUGCCAACCAGGUCCAGAGUGCUAUACUUGUGCUGAAACAAUAA